ACGAAGUGUUGCAAUCGAUUUCGUCACAAAGUGACAUUUGUUGUUUUAUUUUGGUUCAAUAUUACUGACUGCGAAGAUACGCUAUCACCAUGGGUGUCACGAAAGAUGAAAAAGAUAUUUUUGUGCAAGGAUAUGUAAGCGAUGACUUUGAUCCUCUUCAGUACUCUCCUGAUGAGGAAUCUGAUGACAACGCCCAUAUACAAUCUCAAAGAAAUGCAGCUAAAAAUCGCACUCGACAGAAGUGCAUUUUGUUUCACCGAGAACCACAGGUGAACCUCCGCAAAAGAUGCGGUGCAAAGCAGGCUAGAAGGACGGAGAAUUUGCGUCAGUUAAUGACACUUGCUGAGAAGGAUGAGCUUGGUGAGGUGGAAAUCUCCACAGUCUUUGAACCGAGCAUGUCGGCAUUUGCUGGACUCUUCAUGGAACGAGAGAAGAUGAAGAUAUGGAAUGAUUUCAUCAACUCCUCGGAAGAAGAACAGAAUCACAUCUUGGAAGCUGCGGGCCACGUACACACGUCCAGGUGUAGACCGAUGACAUCGGACGAGGACAAGACUGAAGAUAUGAGUGAUACUUGGGAGGAGAUUCCAGACAAACGGGCUGGUCAUCCAGGUUAUUCUGCAGAAGCUUGCUACAACCGGAUUGAUAGAAAACUCCGACUGAUAUUCAAGAGGAGACACCUGCCAGUGGGUCUUCUUGCUACCUUGGAAGAGGACAUCGUCUCAUUCUUCAAGGAGUGGCCGUGCUCCGUGUACGUGUCCAAGCUGACCAGCAGCUUUGAGAGAAUGAUGGUACACGCUCUGUGUCAGUACCUUGAUCUACACUCCCAGAGCUAUGAUGACAGCGGAGAGCGGAGAACUCAGGUGGAAAAUAAAAAGGAUUAUUUUGAGGUUCCGUCCCAGUUGUUAACAGAAUACCUGCAAGAAAAACGAGGGUCUUAGCCCUUCUGCUUGUGUUCUUUUAGUAUAUUUUAUCUCGUAAUAAUAGUUGUGGUGUAUAUUAUUUUCCUUUUUAAGUUUUCUUGUUUUUCCAAUAAUCAUAAGUGAAUUCUAGUGUGAAGUUGGAUUGGACACCUUAUUAUGAGUACCAGUGAUUGUUGAUUUAACACCAUGAUAGCCUGCUGUAAAAUAUUUUCUUUUAAAAAUGAAACUAGAAAAAACAAAGAAUACAGAGAGAGAAAAAACAUGUUAAAAAAAACUAUUUACUUUAGUGUCCAUUUUUUGUGUUGUUUGUUAUUUUAUGUUUUUUAUUUAAUCUUGUUAGUGUUAUUAUUGUUAAAUUAAAACACAGAUCUAAUAGUUAACUUUAAUUAAAGCAUCAGAGAAAUCGAGAUAUACAUAUCAACUAAGGUUAUGAUUAUUGACCAGCACUGUACUGGUACAUAUGUCUUUAUGAAUAAUUAACAAAGCUCAGGUAAUUAUGAUAUUUAAUUUGUACCUUUUUUAUGUCUUGACAUAGAACAUGGGGAAAGAUGUGGGGAAAAUGCACACUUUCUUAUUUAAACAUAUUAUGGUUAAAAAAAAUGAAAAUAUUUUAAUACAUUUUAUGCCAUUUUCUUUUCUCAUUUAAUGUACCAAUACUGUUAAAUUGAUUCAGGGCUAUUCAAUUAAUGUACGUGGCAUGUUGAAAGCAUUUCUAAGAGGAAACAGUGAGAGAUUUAUUAUAUGUAAGGUCAUCAAAACAUUUAUCAUUUUUUGUUGAAGCAUACUUUCUAAGGAUUGUCUAAACAUUGAUUUUGUUAUUUGAUAAAUAGUCGAAACGUUUAUGAUACGAGGAAUAUUCAAAAUAAAUGUUGUAUGAGGUAUAGUCAAAAUGGUUAGUAAUAGCAUUAAUUGUGGUAUACACCCAAUGGUAAAGCAUUCACCUAAUGUGCAGUUGGUGAUGUGAUGUGAUCAAUCCCGGUCGGUGGUCCCAUUGGGCUAUUUUUCAUUCCAGCCAGUGUAUCAUGAGAGGUAUAUAUAUCAAAGGCUGUAGUAUGUGUUAUAAUGUCUGUGGGAUGGUACAUAUAAAAGAUCCCUUGCUACUACU